AUGGGAAUCAUGGGAAUUAUUGAGGAAAGACUUGAUAGAGCGGUUGCCAAUAGAGAAUGGUGUUCACGUUUCUAUCAUGUGGAGGUUCAAGUUUUGGAAGCUAUUUCUUCGGAUCACAAUCCGAUCCUUAUUUUGUAUAGUGACGUGCCCCCUGAGCUUGGUUCUUCCCAUCGGGCUUUCAAAUUUGAAGCCAAAUGGCAGUUGGAUCCUGAAUGUCAUGACAUUAUUAAAGCAGCUUGGGAACAAGAUGUUUUCGAGUCAAAUCAGUUGAAGGAUAUCCAGGUCCGAUUAUCAGCUUGCCAAAGAAACCUUACACGCUGGAGUAAAGUAAAAUUUGGGAAAGAUGCAGAAAUCCUGAAGCAGAAAAGUAAAAGACUUCUUGAAUUGCAAGGAAAUAACAGCUCAGACCAAGUUGAGGUAGUCAAGCAGAUUCAAAAGGAUAUUGAUGACAUUUUGGAGAGGGAAGAAGUCAAAUGGAAACAGAGAGCUAAACAGAAUUGA